AUGCCUCCCGACAUAUCCAGCAACAUCCGCGUCUUCGUCCGCUGGCGCGACCAGACCGUCUUCGCCGGCGAGGACGUCAAAUGCACCGUCACAUUCAAGAACGUCGCCCCGACACAGAGCCAGCAACGGCAACAGCAGCAAUCACAACAGCAGCAGAAGCCACACGGAGAAAGACAACGAUUGGCCGUGCCGCUGCAGGCUCGGGCGAAGGCCAAUGUCGGCCUGGCAGCGCCGCCGCCGACUAACGCGACAAGAGGGCAUCGGAGGUCUGCUUUGUCCCUUGGCGUUUCUUCAACAAAUUCUCAUAGUCGAUCGGGUUCAGUACAAUGGUCACAGGCUACCGGUAGCGGCGGGGAUUGGCGGCCGGGCCACGCACACAAGCGAUCACUGUCUAUUGUAUCGAUUGGGUCGGCGAAUAAUGCAGAGGAGCAUGCUCAGCGGAAUGAAACCCCGUCAAGGCCCCAUCGGCCGCAUCGAGGUCACAGUCGUGCGGCGAGUUUACAAAUUUCAGCACAAGGCGCGACCUCGCCGGGGCCGGGACCACAAUCAGCUCCUUCAACCGGAAAUGCGGAGGCUUCUAGUCCGAAUCUCAAAACUCCUGAUGGACUUCUUAGUCCGAGGCAAGUUGGUCCUCACGACAAUAACAGCUUGGCCGUGCGGUUAAAGGAGCAACCGCAACCGCCAAGCGCUGUGGACCGACCAGCGGCAAGGAUUCUGGCGAGCAAUACGGUUCCCGGGGGCACACCGCGGAGCAGUGGAGAGUUUUAUUCCAUGAGCAACAACUCUUCAGAAACUCUGGUAUCUGAAUAUGUGACGCAGCCGCUAGCACGGGGUAAUGGCCGUUCACCACACGCCAGACGGAGCUCUGGCAUGUCGCCGCAGCAGCAGAAAAUACCAGAGUCAUUAAUGAUGGGUUAUGCCCAAAUCCAAGGGUCCUUCAUUUUGGAUGGUUCCCUGAUUAGUCUUGGUCCUUUUGAGCAAGUCAAGAAGAAGGGUGCAGUAGGCGGACGAGGUGGCGGUGUUGUCGGCCUCGAGCAAACGAAACGGGACACCGGCUUUUUAGGAAGUUUUGGCUGGGGCAAUAUUAGCACUUCCCUGGGUUUCCUCGGCGGGGAAGAGUUGAGCACAAUCAAAGAGAUUCGCGGAGCUGUCAAUUCUAAAUCUAUCCCCUUGCUUAGCACGCCUCAGUCUAUCCUGUUCGUCGACUUACAACUGGCCCCGGGAGAGAGCCGGUCAUACGAGUAUACCUUCCGGCUGCCAAAGGGUUUACCCCCAAGUCACAAAGGCAAAACAAUAAAGAUAUCAUACAGCCUGGUCAUUGGCACGCAGAGAGCCGGAGGUGCCAAGGAGCAACAAGUCAAGUCUGUCGAGAUUCCAUUUCGAGUAUUGGGCAGUGUCAACAGCCAUGGUGAAAUUCUUGGUCACGAUCUCAUGAGCCCGUAUAUACUGCUUCGAGAUGGGGCGGAGGUCAAGAGCCUCGGCAAGCAUACUAGAAUGCAUAAAUCAAGGGCCUCAUUUGGUCCUCCAGCAACAAUGAACGAAUUUCUCAACUACGUGGAUGACUUGGCUUCUAGGCGGCGAGAGUCAACGGGAAAUGCAUUGCUGUCCCCAACAGAGUCGACUGCCCAAAGACGUCCAUCGACAUACGAGGAAGUCGGUAUGGCCAAAGAAGCCAUCCAUCUUGCCAUCAUGAGAAGUAACAUGGCCGGAGACGGCCAACAAAGCGCCAAUCGUUUUGAAAUCGCACGCAAUGGCCAACGAGUUGGCGUAGUAAUGCUCACCCGGCCGGCGUACCGCCUAGGCGAAGUUGUUACCAUGGCCAUCGACUUCACCGACGCCGAUAUACCAUGCUACGCAGUUCACGCAACACUUGAAACAUCAGAAAAGGUAGACUCCUCACUGGCCAUCCGCUCCGAGUCAAGUCUACAACGAGUUACGCGGAAAGUGUAUGUUGCCUCUUCUGAAGCAGCCAUGUACUCGCGCCGCGUCGUCUUCACGCCAACAAUUCCCAUCUCCGCUACCCCAGAAUUCGUCACCACAGGUGUCAAUCUCGAGUGGAAGAUCCGCGUGGAAUUCGUGGUCCCCUACCAGGGGUCGGAUACAACUCAGCUUGGGGAGCUGCAGGUUCCUCACCCGCUGCUGGAGCAGAUUUCGCGGGAUGAAAAGGGUGGGCUCGUGCUUGUGGCAAUAGAGAAUCUGGCAUGUGAGAGCUUUGAUAUUUCGGUGCCAUUGAGAGUGUAUGGGGCUGUGGGGAGUGGGUUGGAAAGGCUGGAGAGGGAUGAAGCUUCUGAGGAGGGGUUGGUGGUGUAA